GUUGUAGUGUCUAGCAGUUUACCUUAAACUUGUUUACUGUUUCCACAUUAGCUCCGCUGAAGCAACAUCCCGAACAUCCCUGAAGAUCUUUGCAACCCGCUGAAUUAUUUCUCGAAAGCUCGCGCAGGCGCCAUGGCAGAUUACGACUUGCCAGGCAAAGACGCUCAAGACAAGGUCUUUGACAACACUCCUAAGGUUGCGACAUCCGACAGCCCCUCCGUGAAGCAGCCUCCCACAGAAAUGAAGACGGCGUUUGGCUCUCCAAACCCCGAUCCUGCUCCUGAAGUCCCGGAGCUGCCCGUGGCUAGUCCCCCGGUCAACCCAGCUAAGCAGCUCGACUUCAACCUGAACGCGCCUACGCCGUCCACGCCCACCAUGGUGGCCCACACUGGUGGCGACGAUGAGCUCGACUACAAUGCGUUCAUCAUGGAGACGCUCCUAUGGGAGAACAAGGUCCGCUCAUCGUUCUACUUCGUUGCCGGCUUCCUCGCGUGGCUGGUCAUGCGUGCCAUCCUCGCCAGCACCAUGACUCUUUUCACGGGCACCUGCUACGCGCUGCUGUUCAGCCUGGGCUUCAACUUCCUGCGCGGCACGGUGGCCCCCAAGUACCACGAGCGCUGCAACUGGUCCAGCUCCGCCAUCACACGUGUGACCAGCGCCGCCGCCGCCACCGCCGUGUCGGCCGCCGCUGCGCUGCACGACCGCCACCUCAAGGGACUGGACCCGCUGCGUACGCUGGAGGUUGGCUUGGGCUUGUGGGUGCUGUCGCUGCUGGGCCGCACUCUCGACGCCGUGACUCUGGUGUUGGUGCUGCACCUGGGCUCCUUCUCGCUGCCGCUGGCCUACAAGGCAAACAAAACGCGUGUGGACGGCGUCAUCGCUGACGUGUACGGUAAAAUGAAGGCGCAGUACGAGAAGCUGGACCGUCGGGUGCGCGCCACCGUGGUGCUGGUCCCCAUCGUGGUGCUGUUCUUCGUGCUGCCCACCAUCGACCGCUUCGUCGCCUUCUUCAUUGCGCUCGCGUACGCCCGCGUCUGGGCCAAGCCUGACGAGUACGCCAACAUCCAGAGGCGCCUGGAGCCCGUGAGCAAGACCAUCCGGAAGGCCGUCGUGACGCCGAUGGCCAGCGCUGCGGUCAACGCCAUGACCAAGUACGACAUCACGCCCACCCCCCGCAAGAAGAAGACCAACUAAGCGGAGCGGCUUUCCAAGGGCGUGGAAGGGCAAGCAUACUAGUUUGGUGGCGCCGCGGCGCCGUGAAGGAGCUGUGUGUGCAACAUGCAGGUUGCGGUAUCCUGCAGGCUGUGUGCUGUGGGCAUGGUUUGGCUUGUUGCUUUGUACGGCGAUGUUGUCUGGGCGGCAUUCGCCCGGGUCCCUGGCUAUAUUCUUUUGGCAAAAAUCUGGCAGCACUCUGUGGCACUAACCAGUGGCUGGCUUCCCGGGUUCGUCUGGUGCGGGGGCGGGGUGGCGCAAUGUGUUGUGAAACGCAAGGAAUAGGGAGGAGUAGGGAGUGAUGAACAGUCGUGCAUGUGCGCACAGGCAUAGAAAGCCUCUUUCGAAUGUGUUUCAUGCAGUUCGGUGUAAGUGUUUCUGCUUCGGUUGUGAGCACGUGCAUAUGCAGGUCUCAGGGGCGCAUGGGAUGCUCUUCUGCGCCCGUGUCCUUUGUAUGGCCUCUUGUACAGACACGCACGUCGCAAGACAAUGGACAUAUCUUGUUCCGUAGAAUACCUUUGUUUGCCCGUUCCUAACUUUUCUGGGCCCUAAUAACCUCACACAUCAGUUGGAGUGAGGCCUGAGAAGAUAGAGGACACCAAGGCUGCAGAGCAAUUCGUGU